AUUCCGAUCUCCAUGUAAAUUUUUUUCAAAAUGUCAAUUUCCAUAUUAUUUGAAGUUUUUUGAUCAAUAUUACCUAUGAAAUAGUAGAAAUUUAUCAACGGAAAUCAAUCACAAUAAUUUCAAAAAUCUUCAUGUCAAUAAAACGUCACUAGGGAAGUUGUAGAAAUACCAAGAGGACCAAUUUACGAACCUCUCAAAUCUAAACGUUGAAUGAAAGAAUUUAUUCAUUAAAUAUUAUAAAGCACCAAUUAUUUUAAUUUGAUGCCAUGGAGGAUUCAUAUUGCUUAUGUGGUCAACCCUAUAAUCCAAAUAUAUUUAUGAUACAAUGUGAUGCAUGUAAAGACUGGCUUCAUAGCAGUUGCUGUAAUUUUGACGAGCAAAUUGCUGCAGAGAUAGAUAAAUUCCAUUGUCCCAGAUGUGUACCUCUUUAUGGACCUUAUAUGUUGAAAGCUAUUAAAAAUUGGCAUCGACAUGACUAUUGGGAUGAAGACUCUGCAAACAAAGCUGUUCAAUCUGGCACUGCAGUUUUUAUUAGAGAACUGCGUGCUAGACAUUUUUGCAGUGAAGGAGAUGUAGUGCUUCAUAUGAGGGGUCAACAGCUUACAGAGUCCUUUCUGCAGCAAAAUGGUUUCACUAGUCCUAUUGUAAUCGAUAGCAAGGAUGGGCUAGAUAUGACAAUACCUCCUGAUAAUUUCAGCUUAUACGAUGUUGAAGCUUAUGUUGGUGGUGAUACGAUCAUAGAUGUUAUUGAUGUGACUCGUCAGAGAGAUUUUAAAAUGAAAUUGAGAGAUUUUGUCGAAUAUUAUAAUAGUUUGAAUAGAAGUAAAAUAUUAAAUGUUGUCAGUUUGGAGUUUUCUAACACCAGUUUGGCGUCUUUAGUGGAAGCACCUCUGAUUGCUAGAAAACUGGAUUGGGCCAAUUCUGUUUGGCCUAGGGAUUUUCCAAUAAUGAAACCACAGGUUCAAAAAUAUUGUCUUAUGAGUGUUAAAGACUCGUAUACAGAUUUUCACAUUGACUUUGGGGGUACUAGCGUAUGGUAUCACGUUUUAAGAGGAGAAAAAAUUUUUUAUUUAAUAAAACCCACACCUGCAAAUCUGACACUAUACCAACAAUGGAUGUCAUCAAGUAAUCAAAGUGAAACUUUCUUUGGGGAUCAGGUUGACCAAUGUUUUAAAUGCACUUUACGUCAAGGCCAAACAAUGUUGAUACCAACAGGAUGGAUACAUGGAGUUCUAACACCCAUUGAUUCUUUAGUAUUUGGUGGAAAUUUUUUGCACAGUCUCAAUAUUCCUAUGCAGCUUAUGGUUUAUGACAUUGAAAAAAAAAUUAAAACCACUGCUAAAUUUAAAUAUCCAAAUUUUGAAAUGAUCAAUUGGUUUGCGGCCGUAAGUCUCUAUCAACAAAUUAGAGAAUUGAAUGCAGAAGAAAGAAGGUGUCCAAGUAACUUGCUUGCAGGGCUGAAAUCUUUAUUGACAAAUUUAAAACAAUGGAACACCGAAAAAGAUUAUAAUACUUUCGUAAGAGAUCAGAUACCUUACAAUAUAGACUCCUCAAAACUUCUGAAGGACAUAUCAAAGGAAAUAAGACACGCAGAAAGAUACAUAAAUCAGUUGAAUCCUCCGAAACCUGAAAGAGAAUCUAAGAGGAAACGGAAGAGACCUGUUAAUAAAGAUUUUGACUAUUCCUUGUCACCAAACUAUGAAUUUCUUCCUCCUCCUCCUCCUACUAAUACAGAAUAUGCUGAGAGUUCUCCGAUUAAAUUAACAUUACCAAAAAACGAUGUUUUUCCAUAUGAAAUGGAUGUGUUACCUCAACCACUUCAACUUACUAGUUCAUCAUGGGAUAUGGAAGACUUAAGCAGGCCUGAGGAGACAACUGCAGUGCAUACGGGUGGUACUGUGCUUAAAAUAAAAUUAGGGUCCAAAGAUUUGAUCCAGCCUCCUGAAGCAACAUACAAUUUGAACGAUCCAACAAAAUCAGUGUACGAUUUUCAUGAUGAAAGUGACAGAGAAGAUGAAUGUGGUUUCACAAUAGAUGAAAGUCCAAAAAGACAGAAAAAAAAUAAUCAAUCUUCAAAACCAAAACCAGCAAAAAAAAAGAACAGAUCAAAUCUUGAGGAAAACCCAGAUUUGCCACAAAAUGGAAUAGAAUCACUUUUGAAAGCUUCUGCUUUGACAACUGGUGAACAAUCAGGAAGAGCAUCACCAUCUACACAAGAAGCGAUUGCUGGAAUGCUCUCAAUCAGCCAAACAUUUGUUCAACCUAAGAACCGGACACGGAAAUCAAGCCAAAGUCCUCCUGAUGAUAGUAUAAGUAAUGUACAUCAGGAUGAGGACUACAUCUAUCCAGCUUUGGAUAAUUCAGACGAUGAAGAUGUUCAUAUUUUCAAACCAAGAGGCCGCUCAAAAGUAGAUGAAGCUUGGAAUCCUAAAGCCAGGGUAGGUCCAUUACUGCCUAAAAUGAACCGACCUGCCAGAGAAGGCACCAAAAGACAGGCUGUCGAGAAAGUAUUGGAGGCAGCAGCAGCUCGCAGAGCUCUAGAUAGUCCAGAUAAAUCUCCAAAACGGCAGUACCGUAAGAAGAAACCUAAAUUGGAUACUAAAUCCCCAACUGCAUCUAGCUCAAAUCCAAUUCCAAGUACCUCUGGAGCAACAUCUUCAAAACCGAGAAAAGGGAUGAAAACUGUCAAACAGCGCCUCGGAAAAAUAUUGAAAAUUCAUAAAAUGAUACAUUAAUAAUUUUUUAUGUUAAUGAAUUUGUCAAUCGUUUGAUAGAAGUUGAUUCUCAACGGAAAACUAUAUAUGAAGAAUAUUGAAAUUAAAAUUUUCCAAAUUGGUAAAUAACGAUUUAUGAUAACUGUGAUGAAACAAAUGUAUAUAAUAUACACAAUGUGAAAUUCGAAUUUUUCUAGAUGUUUUGAAGGAAUGUGCAAUUUUCUACUUUAGAAGAACGUAUAGUCUGGUCCAACAAAAAAUUGACAAAAAGUUUAAUUUUAUGAUUGCCUGGAUAUAGAUUAGUCUUAAUGAAUGUUCUAAUUUAAUGAUUUAAUUUCGAAAAAGGGGGAGGUAUAUUCAAACUUGAUCAAAAUCUUUAAAAAUCUUCAUUUCAAAAUAUCACUGAUUGAGAAACGCUUCAAUAUAGUUCAAUGUGUUGGUGACAAAGUCAUAUAAAACGAAUUUUUUUUUUUUUUAAUUUCAAGAGAUUUGUCUGAGUAUUUUCUUGAUUUUUUGGACCACCCUAUAUAAGAAUUGGAUAAAUUUUUAUAACACUCUACUUUCAAAUGGACACAGCAUUUCAUUUCAUGAGAAUUGCACCUUUGUACUAUUGAUGGUAUUUAUAAUAAUUGAAUUUUAAUUUUUCAUCUAUUAAUAGAAAUCUGUGAUUUUUCUUAGAGAAUUGGUAAUGUUUAAUUUUUCAUCGGAGGAAUAAUUGGUAUGAAUUUGUAAUUUUUGGGAGUAAUUUCUGUCACAGCUAUAAUAUUUUUAUGCGAGUUUUAUUUAUUGCGAUAUGUCAAACAUUUAUUGGAAUUUUUGAAUUCCCUCACAAGUACAAUUUGUGUUUACCUGGUUUGUAAAUUCACACUAGUCUCCUUAUGUCGCUCUCCUGUUAAUUGUAGAAUUGAAUAGUUGGUUGUUAUUUAACAUUUGUUGUUUUUUCAAUUAAUAGUAGUUUUAAUUUUUCAGUAUUAUUAGUUGAAAACUAUUAGGAACGCCAUAGAUCAAACACAUUUCAUGAUCAUUGUUAUUUCAUUUUAUUAUUUUACAUAAGGGCAUUCAAGGUGGAUAAAAGUUGAGACAGCCAUUUCUUUAUAUCAAAUAUUCACAAAAGCAAGCAUUAACUAAGGAAAACUUGUCCCAAAUUAUGAUCUACCUUGAACCUUCUGCUUAUUAGUCUAUCUCGAAUUAUUAAUUAUAGAUUUAUCCGAAAUAUUAGUAUAUAUAAUUUAAAUAUGACUGAUUUUUCCGUAACUGAAUUAUAAUUUGAGAAUUCGAGGCAUUGAAAGUGAUUCAAAUCUAUCUAUUUUGAAAACACAUAACUAAUAGUUGAUUUCUGUGAUCUUGCAAAAUUAUAUUUGCAAUUUGUAUGACGAAAAUGUAAUUCACGUUUUUCUACGCGUAUAUUAAUGGUAAAUGAAUUGAUUUUCGUUAGGUUCGUUAAUUUCGAAAUUUAAAAAAAAAAUUAUUUUUCUAUUGAUUGUAACUUAUUGUAAAAAAUAAAAUCUUUGCCUUCA